GCGAGGGAUCGUAUCGUGUUCGGGUUUUCUCUCUCGCCACGAGUUUUGACUGUCACCCAACAUUUUGACAGAUGCUCACAAAUCUGAAAAUUUAUUAAAUCACAAAAUUAAAUUUCCAGCGCUUAGUCACCCAUCCACGUAAAUUACACCGCGAUCAACCCUUCUUCAACAAACUCACCUCAUCCCAAAAUCGCGAUUAAAAAUAAGAAAUUUAAGGAAUAUCUCAAACUAAAGGGAGUUCUUAAAAAGUGUCAUAAAAAUAAAAUAAAAACUGAAUCCGGCUUAAAAACUCAGCAUCAUUGAACAGUUGAACACAUUCGAAACAUCGAAGGUCGCGCCGCACUUGUCAAAGUCGAUCAUCACGCCGGUAUAAAUAACAGUAAUGAGCAACCAGGUGUGCUUUCGAGGUCCUCUGCGAUACUGAUAGCGAUUCUUUGAGCACGAGGCACUCGUGUUUUACGUGUGUCAACGACCCCUUGGUGCCGUUGCAAUCGAUCCCUGCAGUAUCGACUGUGCGUGAUUUUGCGUAAGAUACCAUUUUUUCGCGAUAGAAGAGUUGACUGAACCAGUGAGUCAUAAGGUUCUUUGGGAUUAUUAUUAUUAUUGUUCUCACUGUUAUCAAUAUUAUCUAUAUUAGCUCACUUACUCCCGAGUAAGCCAAGAUGAAUCAGCGUGCCGGGUCAGUGAAAAAUAGUUAAUUCUUCGAACUGUGCAUCUCUAGUUUCAGAAAGAGUGAUAUUUGUUUACUUUAAAAAGUGCAAGUUUAUCUAUUUUCAUCACGUCUAUUCAGUGAGUUGUGCCUCCGUUUAUAAACACUAUAACAAGAAAUAUAAUGCAAUAAAGAAUACUGCAUAAGCUCCAAAUAAAAAGCUUUAAUGUCCAAUAUAAACUUGAAGGAAUUUCGGCAAGCAACCCAAGGCCCGAAAAAGGUUCUCAAGACUCGUAGGACCCAUCAAAUUUAGAUGUUUGGACACACGAUAAUAAAUGACAAGCUGCUGUGAAUGAGCACCAAGUAAAGCAUUUGGAACGAGAAUCCAAGAUAAGAAUUUGUGAUAUUUUGAGGUCCGCAAUUGGAAUUGGGCCAGUGAGUGAGCAAGGUAGAUAGAAAAAGGAGUUAUCAAGUCCAGCAGAGUGUCGGGGAUUAGGUCAGAGCAUGCGUCGCCGCGGGGAGGCGAGAUUAGUACCUGUAGCAAAGCGAGAAUGUUGACUGCCCGAUCGGGGCCUCUUGGGCUCGGAGUGCCUCGAACCUUGGGGCCCGCUGAGGGUAGCGAUCAUCUUUUUCUACUGCCUGAGAGAGCCCUUGGCAUGGACAGCACCCACCUUCGUCAAGACCUAGCAGGACUCGACUUCAACCUUCACCUCAACUUACUCCACACGGCGCCUAAAGGCAACGUCUGGCUAUGUAAGUGUUCGGAGCCAAGCAGACUCUUUCCCCAUUGGAGAGCUGGAGCCGCUCCUGAGGAAAAUAGCCAAAGGUCCAGCUCUGCACACAAUCGCCACUCUCUCGCGAAGGAUGUGAGGCGUCGCAGUCUCUUCAGCGAGGACUCUCUCGACGGCGACGAUCCUUAUGAGAACCAAGGACGGGAGUCGUCGGGAAGUGCGAAGGACGUGGACAGGGCGAAACUCGUUCGUGAAAGGCAAAACGAAGAACGACAGCGGAAGUUGGAAGAGCUGAGGCAGCAGGCACUCACAGCUCAACGUUUCCGGGAGCAACGAGAGGAGGAACGGCGAAGACGUAUAGACGAACUCAGGUCACGAGAUAAUGAUAGACGAGUUCAAGUAGAAGAAAGAAAGCGGUUAAUAUGGGAAGCAGAAAGAGAAAGACGAGAGGCAAUUUUGCGGAAAAACCAGGAGAGAGAGGCCAGAAUUGACGCGAGGAAGAGGAACGAGAGGUCGCACAUUGUCUUUGCUUUUGGCAGCUCCACACCAAGAAUGUUGGAGCCUGCGGAUACCGGUGGUUCGACCUUCUGGGGAACUCGUAGGGCGACCUCGACAACGAACGUCAUGAUGUACCCAACUGCUCUACCCCUGACCAGGAGAUCUUCCGAACGGGAAUUAGAUAAUAACAAAAAACGAGCCACUUCUGCUGGAGGCCUCGAUCGAAAACCGGGCGAAGAUAUGAGAAUGUCUUCGUCCAUGUACGAAGUGUUCAAUUGGAACACUAGCCCUGAUCCUCCCUUAACUCCUGCUAAAAAUAAGAGAGCCAGCCUCUCUCUACCUCCUACCAAUGACAUCUUUGCUUUUGACGAUAAGUCAUAUAGCAAUGCUAGAAGUCCAAUGAUUCACCGGGGGGCCAGCGGUGAAGAAAGUGACGCAUCUCCUGGAACACCUAGUUCGGUAUAUCUACGAGUGAACAGGCGACGUACAGACCUUAUGCCCACAAUACCAUCCCCAAGGGAUGGACCACCGUCAUCGGGACGCAGUUCGAGUUCGAAAACCUUCACACGUUCACCAGGUAGGACUUACUCCAUGUCCAGGCUGGACCAACUUUCGAUACCUAGGAAACGUCCCACUGAGCUUAGCACACUGACGGAACAGCAAGCUCAGCCUCUGGGCGCUUCUAGCAUGAGUCGAAGCAUGUGUCAUUUGGCUGCAUCCGGAGCAAAGAACCUUAAACGUUCGGAUAAUUCUCGUAGCAUGGGUACUUUACCAGGCUCAGUUCCAAUUCCCCGGCCUACCAGGGCGGAGAGACUUCGCCGAAAGGCCCGCGAGUAUCAAAACCACCAUCAGCCAGGUAUCCGCAGCGGGGAAGCUACACCAAACAGUCAUUCGCGACCGCACAGCUCCAUGAGUCAACAGAGCGCCUGCAGCGUUGGCAGCAGUGUCGUGAAUCUGCGUCCCCGCACAGCCAACCCUCGUCGUCCGCGACCUGCUUCUAUCGCCGGAACUGGCGUUUCUAUCCCAGAACGACACAAUGUGCUUGGAGACAUGAAAGUCACAAAAGAUUCAAAGCCACCUCUGCCAAAGGUCCACAGCACUCCAAAGAAACCAUCCACGCCGAAAGUCACAGAAAUUAUAAAAAAACCAUCCGACAGGUUGAUUAAGAGCGCCAGGGCUUCACCUCGCGUUACGCCAAGAGCAACUCCUCUUCAGAGUCCUGGAAUCGAGCAUGUUCCUUUGAUUCGCGAAAAUACAACCGAUAUUAUCAAACCCUCAGAAUCAAAAGAGGUUAAGUUGGACGAGAAGCAGGAGGAGAAGAUAGAUCAAGGCUCGGAGAAAACUGAAAUUCAACAAAAUGUGAACGCUGUCGAAGUCAAGGUCACCGAGAUUAAGAAGGAAACGACCAAGGCCUCUGAACCAGUAACUUCUGCUCCUGUGGCAAAGACUUCGAAGGAAGAAAUAAAUUCAGAGACCUUAUCAGCUUCCACACAUGAAAUUACUUCAAAGAAAAACGAUAAAUCCGGCAAAAAGUCGCCUGAACUUGAAUCAAAAUCUGAGCUGGAGGUUGAAGAUCAAAUUGACAUGUCGGCGUCAAUGAUCGCGAAGAUUAAAAUAACGACUGAGGAAGAGGCAAAGGCAGCUUUGGCAGAGCGACGAAGACUCGCUCGCGAACAAGCUGAGCGAGAAGCUGAACUCGAGCGCCAGCGAUUGGAGGAAGAAGCACGCCUCGAGGCUGAGAGAUUGCGCGCUGAAGAGGAAGAGCAACGUCGCUUGGAAGAGGAGACUCUUCGACUCGCAAACGAAGCCCGAGAAGCUGAAGAGAUAAGGCUGCUUCUUGCUAUCGAGGAGGCGAAGAAGCGCGAGGAAGAAGAUAGAAAAAGGAGAGAGGAGGAGGCUAAACAGAAACAAGAGAAGGAGGAAGCGGAGCGAAAGGCCAGAGAAGAAGCAGAAAAACAAAGAAUCGAGAUGGCCGAACGACUCAAAAAGGAAGAAGAGGAGCGAAUAGCCAGACGCAAAAGAGUCGAGGCUAUUAUGCUUCGUACUCGCGGAAAGAAUCAGUCCAACUCUUCCAAGGGAGAAGGUGGUGAUGGCGACAAAUCAAAGGAAGAUAGUCCAAGUGACGAGAACAAGCCAAUGCCUGGCGACAAAGUUGAAGACGUGAUGACCGCCAGUUUCAUUUCCGAGGCGACUCAACAAUUUAUCACUGUCGAGCAGAAUGCCCUUCGUACUGAGAACAAUUCUUCGGACAUCGUUCGCAAUGGGAUGCACACCAAUGGCAUUAACGAGAGCAAAACCAUUCUGGAUAAUAAUCAGGAUAAUGGAGGAGAACUCAACGGUCACCACACGAACCACGGAAAUGGCAUCAACAGUCAAACGAUUGUCCUGGACAAUGCCACUGUCAAGCAAAACAACGUGACCAACAACCUGUUAGACCUGUCGGAGUUUGACACUUUGAGUAAUAGUGGUACUGGACCUAUACUCGAGCUGACGCCUAAUCUAGAAAAUGAAGACACGCUCAACUCGAAUCUUAAUCCAUCAGCCAUCGAGUUUACUCCUAUGCCCAACUCCUUUGUGCCUGCUGCUGCUAACGCCAACACUAAUCCGUUCCAGGAUGUUUUCAAUAACAAACAACAAGAUAACCAAGUACCAGAUCUUCUCUCAUAAGAAACGUGAAUCGCUCUAAUGAAUGAAGAAGAGGCAUCCGAAUGAAUAAUCAAGCUGCCCUGGACAGCCGAGAGGAUCGAUUUAAGCAGCGUCUAUUUCGAGAGUGUAAAUAAUAAGCGCUAUAGAUACAGAAACGAGGAUCCAAACAAUAAAUAAGGAAGAACCGGGGCGGUAUCCUUGGGAAGUACUGCUUAGCUCCGAACCGUUAAACUUGAUGCAUUAUCAGAAAAAAAUGUAAAAUAAUAUAUAAUGUUAAUUAAUAAUAUUAUAAAACGGCAAGUAUAGACACUUUAGCCCAUCAUAUUAAGCUAACCGGUACGAAACUAACUUUCUAGAGGACCUUUUGAGGGAAUAAUGCCUCAUUAUAACAUUUGAUUCGAGUCACGUGUCUGUAUUUCAUUUUACGGAACUUGAAAAAAGGUUCAUUUCACGAAUUUCCAUUCUCCCUGCAUAGCACUGCGUUUUCAAACGGAUUGGUAAAAGGACUCAUGAUUUUGGAUCGUGUAAGAUAUGUAAAAUUCUUCUGUUUCGUAGAAUAUUAUUGCUUGAUUCGAUGAAUCUGUCUGCUUUUGACACUCUCAGAAAGAAAUCCAGCAACAGCAGCAGCAGCAGGUAUACUUUGUAUUUAUACAAUUGGAUUAAGACUUCCUGUGUACACGGCCUAGGGUUCAAUUCCAUGUAUCGAGAAAUUUGUAUGCAUAUUCAGGAUUGCGGUAUAGCAUUUGAUUAUAGGGGAAUGAACUAACUAAUACUAGCAAUUGUGUCCGAGUAAUGAUGCGAGGAAACGAUAGCGACAGCGACAGCUUUUCUUCCAUACUUUUCGGGGCGUGCGCUCACUAGUCAAGCGAUUUUACUGUUUUUAUCAUAUUAUAUUGAACGAGCGAGAGAAAAAUAAGAGUGAAAGGAAGUGAGAAUGGAUGAGUGUUCGAGAAAAGAGCGAGAAAUGUAGAGACCACCAAGCACUGGUACUCUGGGUGUCCACUAGAUUUCAUUGUUAUUGCGAUUUCGUAAAUUUACCACAUUACUUUUUUUUAACUGUGAUGAUCAUUGUUUUGUUGCAUGGAUAUUGUACAGUGAGCAGCAUUGAAACACAUUUUUUUUAUAUUGAUUUUAAUUUUAAUUGUAAUUGUGAUUGUGUUUUUCAUUACCCGUCUUUUCGAGCAAACAUAUCCUGAAAAUAAUUCGCCGAAUUUUAACACGUGUUUUUUUUCCGCGAGAAUUCGCUUUCUUUAAAAAAGAAAACUGAAAGCUUCGAUUUUCCUCGAGAAAAUCCGACUUUUUCAGGUAAAUAAUGAUAGAGAUUGCAGAGAGUCCUUCGGGGAAUUGUCUUCAGGAUAGAUGAGCAUUUUUCGUGGAAUUUUAAUAGCUUGAUGCUGCACAUUUGUAUUUGUAAGGUCAACUUUAGAAAAAAUUCUGUGUGAAAUAAAGGUAGAAUUACUAACAUA